AUGAGAAUUCCUCUGCUUUCGUGGCUUCUUUUCGUACCCAUCUGCUCGAUAUUGCUCCGCGUGGAGACAGGUGUCGUGUCUGGCCAAUGUCGUAGUCAUCAGAAAGAUCUGCUGCUCCAAUUCAAGAACAGCAUCUCAUUCAACGUCACUCGAUCGAAGAAGUUGCCGCAAUGGAAUCAGAAUUUGGAUUGUUGUUCAUGGGACGGUGUAACUUGCGAAGACGGACGUGUCACCGGUCUUAAUUUGAGCAGCGAAUGGAUCUCUGGAGAGAUCGGAAAUUCUAGUCUAUUCAAUCUGAAAUAUCUCAGGCACCUGGAUUUGUCUUACAACAACUUCAGCUCAACGAUCCCAGCAAUGAUUGGUAAUCUCGAAAACCUGACUUAUCUGAAUUUGUCAAAUGCUGGUUUUGGAGGUCAAAUUUCACAAGAGAUAUCACAGUUGACUAGGUUGGUUACUCUAGAAAUCUCCAGCCUUCCAUACUUACAAGUUUCUUCACUGACACUUGAGAAUCCAAAUUUGAGCAUGCUAGUUCGUAACCUCUCGAAGCUUGAAGAACUAUAUCUUGACGGUGUGAAUAUAUCAGCACGUGGAAGUGAAUGGUGCCAGGGAUUGUCGUAUUCGUUGCCUGAUCUGCGAGUAUUGAGCUUGUCUAAUUGUUAUAUUUCUGGCCCUAUUCACGAGUCACUUGGGAACCUUCAGUCCUUGAAAGUGAUUCGCCUGGAUGCUAACAAUUUGUCCGCCACGGUCCCAGGAUUCAUUGCAAAAUUCUCAAAUUUGAAUUCCUUGCGUCUCAGUUCUUGCGGGUUGUAUGGAACCUUUCCCAAAGAGAUUUUCCAGGUACCUACACUGCAAAUUAUUGACAUAUCAAACAACCCUUUACUUCAUGGUUCUCUGUUGGAAUUCCCCAAAAAUAGUGCUUUUCAGGGACUGAUUCUCAGUUCUACGAAUUUUUCGGGGAACUUAUCGGAAUCUAUCGGUAACCUGAGGAACUUGUCCAGAUUGAUCCUCUCAAAUUGCCAAUUUCACGGAAUGCUUCCAAGAUCCAUGGAUCAACUUACCAAACUCGUUUAUUUGGAUUUAUCAAAUAACAGCUUUAACGGUCCAGUCCCAUAUUUUAAAAUGUUCAACAACCUGACUAAAAUAGUCCUUUCUCAUAAUAGCUUAACUGGUGCAAUUUCAUCGGCUCACUGGGAAGGCCUCAUGAAACUUCUUGUUGUUGACUUGCGUAAUAAUCUUCUCAACGGGAGCAUACCGUCAUCUCUGUUUUCACUUCCAUCAUUGGAAGUGGUUCAGCUUUCCCAUAAUCAAUUUGACGGUCAAAUUCCUGAAUUUUUCAAUGCAUCUUCUUCACUAUUGGACACCAUCGAUCUGAGUAUCAACAACCUGGAAGGGCCCAUUCCAAUGUCUAUCUUUGAUCUCCAGAAGCUUAGCAUUCUCUUACUCUCUUCCAACAAGAUCAAUGGUACCAUACUGCUAGAUAAAUUUCAGGGGUGUCGCAAUCUUACCACUCUUGAUCUUUCAUACAACAACUUGUCUGUUGUUGCCAGUGAAAAUGAUCCUACUUGGUCUUCGUUUUCCAAGAUGAGCACAUUAAAACUUGCCUCUUGCAAAUUGAAAAGAUUUCCUUACCUAAGGAACCAAUCAAAGCUAGCGACAUUGGACCUUUCAAACAACCAAAUUAAUGGGGAAGUACCUAACUGGAUUUGGGAACUUGGGAAUGGGUUUCUUCUCCAUCUCAAUCUUUCAUGUAAUAAACUGAGGAGCCUGCAAGAACCAUAUACUCUUCCUAGUUAUCUCAGUGUCCUUGACCUACACUCUAACCAAAUCAGAGGGAAUCUUCCCAUUCUACCACCAGUUAUUGCCUAUGUAGAUUUCUCUUACAAUAAGUUUUCUUCUUCUAUACCAAAUGCUCCAGAUAGUAACCUUUCCUUCCUUUAUUACUAUUCCCUCGCAAACAAUGUUCUUAGAGGAGUCAUACCUCAAUCCUUUUGUAAUGCAAGUUACCUUCUUGUACUUGAUUUGUCUCGCAACAUGUUGAGUGGAAAAGUACCAGAAUGUUUGUCUAGACUGAGUCAGUCUCUUGGGGUACUGAAUCUGCAAAGGAACAACUUCAGUGGCCAAAUUCCUGAUUCUUUUCCAGUAAAUUGUGCUUUAGAGACCAUUGAUCUCAAUGGAAAUGUCAUAAAUGGGCAGAUUCCAAAAUCUCUGGCGAAUUGCAAAAAAUUGGAGGUACUGAAUCUUGGGAACAACAACCUGAGUGACAAGUUCCCAUGUAUUUUGAUUAACACAUCAAGCUUGCGGGUCCUGGUUCUACGAUCCAACAAAUUUUACGGUUCAAUUGGAUGCCGAAAACCCAUUGGAACCUGGGAAAAUCUUCAAAUUGUUGACCUUGCUCACAACGAAUUUGAUGGGAAUCUACCUGGAGAGUGCUUCAAAAGAUGGCAAGCAAUGACAAUUGAUGAAGAUGGUGACCAAUCAAAGCUCAAGCACCUAAAGUUUGAAUUUCUAGAAUUCGAUUCACAAAUCUAUUAUCAAGAUACAGUGACGGUCACCAUCAAAGGUCUAGAGAUAGAGCUGCAAAAGAUCCUAACUGUCUUCACCUCCAUUGACCUUUCUUCCAACAACUUCUACGGGCCGAUACCAGAGGAAAUAGGACAACUCCGAGCACUCUAUGUCCUCAACUUGUCACAUAAUGCUCUCACAGGUGAAAUUCCUUCGUCUGUUGGAAACUUGCAGCAACUCGAGUCCUUGGACCUCUCAAGUAACAACAUUAGCAGAUCAAUUCCAGCAUCCCUUACAAAACUCACUUUCCUUUCAUUCCUGAACCUCUCAUUUAAUCAACUGGUUGGAAUGAUACCAAUGGGUAAUCAAUUUUCAACAUUUUCAGCAGAAUCCUUCACAGGAAAUAAAGGAUUAUGUGGAUUUCCCUUGCUUGUAAAGUGCAGCAGUGACUCGGGAAAGUUUCCGGAUACAGGAACAGAAGCUAUAUCAGAAGUUGAGUUUAAUUGGCAAUCAAUAUACAGUGGAAUUGGAUUUGGAGUGGGAUCAGGAGCAGUUGUUGCGCUCUUAACGUUCUGGGACGAUGGAAAGAAAUGGUUGGAAGACAGCAUUGACAAAAUUCUUAUGGUGAUUCUUCCAGUGCUGGGAUAUGCCUACAAACCUCGUGAUCACUGGGACGAUGAUGAGGAUACCGAAGACGAGGCCUCAGAUUUUGCAGAAGACCAAGAAGAGGAUGAAGCGGAAGAUAGAGAAUCGCAGGGCCGGUACUGUGUUUUCUGUUCUAAAUUUGAUAUAACAAUGACAAGAGUCAUUCAUGACCCCAAAUGUUCAUGCCACUCCUCACCACCCUCAUCUUCUUCUUCCUCCUCUUCCACUUCAUCCUCAUAUUCCCCAUGA